AUGAUAAAUGGUAGAAAAAACAGAAGUGUGAAAACAAAAAAUUACAUUAUAAAUGUCAACUGCUACACGUGGAUUAACAACAGCCAUGGGCUGUUCGACUACGAGAGCGAAAAUUUUUACAAAAAAUGUUUUAAGAUAAAAUGCCUCUACAAUUACUACUACAUAUUGAAGGACGACAUUAACGUAGAAAUAAAAAAUGAAGAGGAAAUAAAUAAAAUAAUGUUAAGUAAUACGAAUAUGAAGCUGAUAUGUAAAAUAAAGUACAUAAAUAAUAAUUACCAGUUGAUACCUUGUAUUGAUAGUAAGAAUGACGGGUCGAGCACUGCGGGGGGGACAACAGUCGGCCAGCUGGAGGGAAGCAACAAUGUGAUCAACAGGGACCAUAACGAUAGUGGUGAUAAUGCAGAUAACAAUAGCGGUAACAACGCAGGUAACAAUGACCGUAACGACAGUCACGAACACGGGGAGCGCGACGACAGCGGAGGGAACGACGCAGACAAUUUUUGGGUCAUCGUAAAAUACCUAAAGAAUAAAAGUUCCAUAUUGCACGAAGAUGAUAUUAUAAAGCUGGGCAGAGUUAAGUUGAAAAUAAAAAAAAUUAUUACCAAUUUGCAGCAAGAGAGGGAGUACAACAAAUCGUUGUCUCCUUUCGCCGAUGAUGAGUGCGAAACGGACGCCCCGGAAAUGGUUCGCCCAGGAGUGGUUCCCCAUGGGAUGAAACAUCCCACGGGAGGCAACGCCCUAAUUGAUAAAAACACCACCUCGAAUAACUACGUCAGCGGAAGAAUCAACCCGCAUGUCACCAUACGCAGUAACCAACUGCAGGAAGAAGAAAAUGCCGACAUGAAUUGUGGCGCAGUCAAUAACAGUGUGGAGGAUAGCUACAAUUUGUAUGACGAUGUGGAGGAGCUUAGCGAUCCCGUGGACGGGGGCGAGCUGCCCAGAGAGGGGGAAAGCUUCCUUGGGAGAAAUACCAACGGUAAUAGUGGUGAACCAAACAGACCACAAGAAAGUGAAAUAAAUUUAGCCACGAACAAUUCCUACGUGGACGAUUUUUAUCUUUUUAAGGGGAACGUGCUUAAUGGGGGGGGGAGAAGCGCACAAAGUAAGAACGAGCAGAAUGAAGACGACGUAGGAGUGUUCAGUGAAUCCCCAUUUGGUGGCGUGUUAAAUCAGCCCUCAGGUGCCAGAAAAGAUGACAACGGCACAACGAACCGGUUGUUAGGAGAGAAGAAUAAUUGUAGUGGUGCGAUGAACCAAAUAGAAAACGAUCAUGGUGGGACGAAUCGUAGGAGGGACAAACCGGAGGGAGAAGUAAACCAGACAGAGAACAUCGCGCCAAAUGAACACGCAGCUUCGUCUAACUUAGAACAACCUCACUAUGUUUCUCAUGGGGGGCACUCAAACGGUUUAGUGAGUAGCCCCAAUUUGAGGAACCUAACAGGGGAAAUCAGUUCAAUACGUAGUAAUGCAAGUGGGAAUAAUGACCCUCCUUUAAAUGCACCGAGAGGAGGGGUCACACUGAAUAGCAGCAACAAUGUUGUAAGUUUUGCCGGCUGUAGUGAUGAAUUGGGGAACAUAAACGAAAAUCAGGACGGAACAGGUAGCAGUAACAAUGAGGAUUCAUUCAGAUUUAUGCGAAAGAGAACCACAUGUAUGAGCAUGUCGUGCGGGAGUAGAGGGAAGAUCUCGUCGACGACAGAAUAUCAAACCAUGCAAUCGAAGGAUCUGACGCAGCAAAAUAAAAGUGAAGUGGGGACACCCAGCAUGUACAACUGUAGAAUAUGUCUGUGUGAAUACGAGAAUGAAAACAACCCAUUGAUAUCCCCGUGUAAAUGUAAAGGCUCUAUGAAGUAUGUGCAUUUGAAUUGUAUAAGAACGUGGAUGAAGGGAAGAUUAAACGUUAGAAGUGAGUGCUCCUCCUACUCCUUCUUCUGGAAGCAACUAAAUUGUGAACUGUGUAAAUUUCCCUACCCAACUUAUAUUUAUGCACAAAACAAAUAUUUGGAGUUAUAUGAAAUUCCAAAACCAGAACUUCCCUACAUUGUUAUCGAAUUAAUGAAUGACAGAAACAAGGGGUUCUACAUAGUCAGUUUGGCUAACACGAAAUGUGUUAGGAUGGGUAGAGGCCAUGACACAGAUGUACGUGUGAAUGAUAUCUCCGUGUCAAGGUUCCAUGCCAUGAUAAAAUUCUGCAAUGGAAAUUUCUACAUAGAAGAUUGUAAGAGCAAAUUUGGAACCCUCAUUCAGAUAAGGAAGCCAGUCUUUUUCAACAUAAGACGGAAUAAAUUCAUUGCUUUGCAAGUAGGUAGAACAGUUAUGUAUGUUUAUAUGAAAAGGAAGAAUUGGAUUUUUUUACCCAUCUGUUUGAAACUUUCCAAAACGAAGGAUGAGGAUGUUAGCACGUUGGAUAAUUUUUCCUCAAAACUGAUUAUCGAUAAUAAUAUGCAGUUGGAAAAUAGCAACUUUGAGUACAACGGGGGGGAGGAUGCUGAGGGGGAAGCUCCAAAUUACGAAGGAGCGAAUGAGCUGGACAAUAAUCCCAUGGUGGAUAAUUCAGUGGUGAACAAUCCAAUGGUGCACAAUCCCAUGGUGGAUAAUUCAGUGAUCAAUGCAGGAGAGUCUCCUCCCGUGGGGGACGUCGGGACGCAGGACUUGAACGAAGCCAACACCCACAACAACAGCAGCGCCCAGGAUAUAAACCUGGACAGCACGGGCAGCAUCGGAAACGCCACGCCAAGUGUGCCAAGUGUGCCAAGUGUGCCAAGUGUGCCAAGUGUGCCAAGUGUGCCCACUGGUGUGACGUGCAACCCCGAUGACGCUGCCAAGAGCACUAACCCUUACGAAAGCGGCGGCGUAGGAAACAAUGCAGGCAACGGUCGGGGUAACAGCGGGGACAGCAGUGUCUCCCGGAACGUUAUGAAUGGAGGCACCCCCCCUGGUUAUUAUUAA